AUGAAUCACAGCGUUUCAAGCUCUGAAGUAUAUUCUGCUGUAUAUUCCGGUGUACCUGUGUAUGAAAUGAUUUGUCAAGGAAUUUCAGUGAUGCGAAGAAGAUCUAACUCAUACCUUAAUGCCACGCAGAUUUUAAAAGUUGCUGGCAUUGAUAAGGGAAAACGAACAAAAAUUCUUGAAAAGGAGAUUUUAGUUGGUGAACAUGAAAAAGUUCAGGGCGGUUAUGGGAAAUAUCAAGGAACAUGGAUUCCUUUUGAAAGAGGUGUAGAAUUUUGUCGUCAAUAUGGUGUUGAACAAAUGUUAUGGCCGAUUCUCUCUUUAGAUCUUAGUAUGGACAAUCAAAAUAAUAAUACACCUACGAAGGAACAAGCACUGGCCUUCCGAAGGAAACAAAGCUUUGAUUUAGUAGAUAAUAAAAAGGAGCUACCAAAAUUAAAACCAUCUUAUGCUACAUAUCCAUCAAGUUCAUCAUCUAUUUCAACUCUUAAUAGAACAAAGGUACCAUCUCCAAAGCAUGUUAAUUAUGCUUUAAUGGAUCAUAAUAACAAUUUUUAUUAUUCUGCUCCUUACCCAAAUAAUCAAAUUUUGACUUUAAACAAUUCUAAAACUAAUGAAAAUGUGAAUAAUGAAGAGUCUUCAAGAAAACAUUCAGAAUAUUUGCAUAGACCUCCAGAUCCUAUCAUAUCUCCAAGUGUUGCUCGAAAAGAACAUCCUGCUUUUAUAAAUAUGAGUUUAAAAAUGGAUAAUAAACCAUCUGAACCUUUGGAUCAAAAAAAUGCUCAAAACUUUUAUAGAUCGAGAGAUAUAUUAACAAGUAUAUUUUUAGAUAGUGAUAUACAGAGUGUUCCUAGUGUAUUGACUAGCACGUCUUCGGAAGAUGUUUUAGAUAUAGAUAUACCUAUUGAUGAUUUGGGUCAUACAGCUUUACAUUGGGCGUCUGCUUUAGCACGACUUCCUUUAGUUGCUUCUCUUAUUUCUAAAGGUGCAGAUCCUUGUCGUGCUAAUUUUUCUGGAGAAACGUCACUCAUUCGUGCCGUAUUAGUCACAAAUAAUUUAGAUCAAUCUACUUUUCCUGAACUUCUUGAAUAUAUAUAUCCGGCUAUACCUCUUGUUGAUCAUCAGGGAAGAACAGUAUUACAUCAUAUUUCUUUGACGGCUGGUAUAAAGGGUCGGAGCUCUGCUAGUCGUUAUUAUUUAGAAACAUUACUUGAAUGGAUUGUUAAAGGCUCUGAAAAUGGAAGCGGAUUAACUUUGUCAUCUUUUGUUGCUAAAGUUGUAGAUUAUCAGGAUAAAAACGGUGAUACUGCUUUAAAUAUAGCUUCUAGAAUAGGAAAUAGAAGUAUAGUACAGCAGUUAUUAGAUAUUGGUGCAGAUGCAACUAUACCGAAUAAAGCUGGUUUACGACCUCUUGAUUUUGGUAUUACUGGAGAAAUACCUACAUCUUUUCAUGUAUUUGAAAAUCCAUCUCCUGUUAUCUCUGAUGUAGUUGUUCAAAAAAGCGAGGAUGUUUUUGAAUUUUUGAGAACUGUAAUUACUACAAUGGAUAAAGAGUUUUAUGAUGAAAUACAUAAAAAGCAAGAGUUGAUUGAUUCUGCUCAUGGACUUUUGCGUGAUGCAACAAGAACGUUGGCAGGAUUACGGAAAGAUUUGGAAGAUUCAAGAAAGCGGGCAAGUUGUCUUGCUGAUAUACAGCAAAAAUGCAAGAAUAUUGAAAGAGCAAUUAAUGAAGAGACACUUUAUUUUUAUAACCAUCAUUCUGAUCCAUCUUUUAAAAUGAAAGAAAUACUUAAUACAACUAAUUUAUUUAACGAAAAAAUCGAUCCCGAUGCGCCUUUUUUUGUAGAUAUAUCACUAGCUGAUGUUGUUGAUGAAGAAUCUCCGUUGUUUAUUUCAAUUCCAGUCUUAUCUGCACGUAUUGCUGCUUAUCAAAAAAAUGCUAAGGUACUUUGUGCUCUAGCUACUUCUUUGCGUGGAAGAAGCUCUGAAUUAGAGGACAAGUGUAGAAAAGUUGUUUCUUUAUGCACAGGUGUUGAAGAAAGUAAAGUAGAUUCUUUAUUAGAGGGAUUACUACAAGCAGUUGAAAGUGAUGAUCAUCAGGGUGUGGAUAUGGUUCGCCUUUCUGGAUUUUUGAAAUUGAUUAAUGAAGAUCAUCAAGGAGCAAAAAUGAACUAG